AUGACAAGGGCGAAUAGCGUUCCGUUGACUGGGGACAUAUGGUACCACAUAAUGAUUCAUCUCCAUACGCUUCCUUCACUCCAAGCGACGCUUUUGACAUCUAGACUCUUUUAUACAGUAUUCCAGGCGCAUCGAAAUUCAAUUAUGCGCGCAGUUGCCUCUAAUAUGCUGGGAGAACAUCUACCAGAGGCUUGGCGAGUUGUGUGCUGCAGACAUUACGACCACACACGCCCCGAAGCUGAGUCGGAUUUGAAGUCGAUCGCGUUCGAAGACAUUCAUAAUGGCGUUACAAAUAUGUCUAACCUCAACGCGCUACACAAAAAUACUCAAGUCGUACGGAAGCUUGAAGAUCUCUACAGUCAUAUGUAUGACGACCGCAACUCUCCUAUUAGUGUACUAAGCCCUGACGAAUCGUUUCGUUUCCAACGAGCACUUUAUCGCAUCUUCCUAUACUGCAAGGUCUUCCCUGGUCAUCUAUUCAAAGCAGACGACAUCGCGGGACAAAGUGAUGAGGUUGUCGCCAAAAUCCGCAAUAAACGACAAACUCUUCUCGAUGUUUAUUCCACGGAAGCCCUUUACCAAAUUUACUCUGUGGUGAAGUUCCUUGGUCACAUCAUCGAAAGAUAUUGUGCAGAGCAGAUGCGGGAGCCGCUUUUGUCGACAGGCCCUGCUGGUAUAUUGCGCAUAUGGCAGGCAUACUCGUGUGAGGCCGUGGAGAGCGAGUUUGAUUUCGAGCUAUUCCAUUUCUGGCAGGAAAAUCCUGUUUUCGAGGGCUAUUUCUCUCUACCGCUGGAAAAUAUCUGGAAGAAACGGGGAGAUCCGGAGUAUGAACAAUUUGCAGUGCCCUCAACCCAUAUACUGGACAACAUCGUUAGUAAGGAUGCAACUUGUCCUUGGUGUGGUUAUAAGGCCGGUUUGCGCAUGCUCAACGCCACCAACUGGACCCGCCUGUUUGUGCCGAUACCAACACUGCUCAAGUCAAAUUUGAAGCGCAAUCCCAUAGCUCAAGAAGAUGUGACGAGUUUUACCGCUAAUGUUAUCAAUUCCGAUGCUUUUGGUCCUUUCAUAGUUCAUUUGUUCUCAUUCACGACCCACACUGCCCCAGAGUUUGACAAGUGGAAGUCGACGGAUUCAUAUUGCUUCUCGUGCUUGCUUCGAUUCCUCGAAGCGCACCUGUGGGUCUGGUUGCUUGAGGAAAAACUCAAGGCUGGUUGGAUCACCCCAGAGAACUGCUGGUAUGGCUGGGACUGUCGAACUCAAACAAACCGAUCGCACGCAGAACGACGAAAUCACUUUUGUGCCCCUACCAAGGGUGACUCCGUCGGCAAACUUGAAUGA